UCCAUGUGGACACAGACCACAGAUGUGGGCACACGAAUCCAUCCACCUGUCCACGUGCACACGUGAAUGUAGCGAUAGAUAUUUGGACAUCAAAUUUGGACACUAGGUCACAGAGAAACACAAACACCACCCAGGAACAUGCAGACAUAUGCCCAUAGCAUCCCAUAGGCCCAGGCAGGAGGUCCCACCUCAGACCCCGCCCCAGACGCUCCCUCACCCUCUUGGCCCCCUCGCCCUGGCCCCCAGGUUCUCUGCAGAGAUCUCUCCUGGACCCCCAGUGGUCUCCUUGGCGCCCACGAACACAGGCGUGCACACGCAGCGCACAUGCAUUGAGACACACGAUACCUCGUUCCACCUUGGCGUCACGGUGGGCUGGAGGCAGCCCCCCCCACAACACUUGAGGCCAAAGGACACCCCUGUCCCCGGGGCUCAGCCUCCCCCUGGGCCGAGGCCUUGGCCCACGCAGCUGAGGGAGAGGCCCAGCCCUGAGCCUCCCCCACCAGGACUGGGCCUCCCCAGCAGCAAGACCCCGGCACUCCCCGACAGGCCCAGGGUGGGGUGAAUGGGCCCAAGGGCCCAGCCCCACACUCCUUUCCCGUCCACUUGUCACCUACCUAUCCCCUUUCGGUUUGUUGGGUUUUUCGUCUUUCCAGAUUGCAGUGGACACAGCCCCCGAUCUCGAGCCCCGGCCCCCGGCUUCUGUCUGGACAUUACAUCGCCCUAGUUUUCUUUCUUUACAAAAAAAAAAAAAAAAAAAAUUCCAACAGAAGCCACAGGCCGGAGCCCCUGGGAGCCCUCGCGCCGCUCCCCACCCCACUCAGCGGCCCCAUCGGAACUGAGAAUUGCAAAACCCCGACUUCAGCUAUAGUUAAGUUGCCUUCCCCCAGUGUCCCCACGUUUGGUGUCUGGCUAUGGCGCCCCCAUCUGACUGUCCAGCUCUCUCUCCCCCACCCCUCCCGGUGUUGUUAUUAAACGUCUGUGGAGCUUCUGCUGCAAGGAACAAAAAAGAAAAAAAAUCAAAAAAGCGACAAAAAAACACAAACAGAAGAGGAAAAAAAAAGCAACAAAAAAAGAAAACACACAGAAGAGAUUUAAAAAAAAAAGGAAAAAAAAAAAGACAUAAACUGGCACCAGUUAACUUUCUUGUACUUUUUUGCUGAAUUUAGCUUCUUGUAGUUUUAACUUAUUGCUAUGUUAACUAUUUAUUCUCCUCGUUGCCCUGUAAGGACAUCCGUGUAUAUUUCUGUUACUUCAUCCAGUUUGCAAGUUAAAGGAACGACAAAUGUUCUCUUUGUUUCUUUAAGUUUUGCCGAGACAUGGUUAUGCCUAAUUUAUUUAUAAAAGGGGAAGUGGAAUCAUUAAAGUAAUAAUAAUUAUUAAUAACAGUAAUGGUAGCCGAGUGGCACGCGGGGGUGUGUGCUCUGCGGGGCAGUCCCCACGGCCAGCGACGUCCAGGUCAUCAGUGGGAUUCUUUUUGCUCUUGUCUUGAGAAUUUUUCAGUCCUAUUUAGCUGGUGAAAUCCCUAGCUUGUUCUUGAUACACGAACCUAUUUAUUCUUGUGGUUUUAAGUCCUCCCUGCCCUCUCCCCUCUCCCCUGCAGCAGGGCAGGGACCCCUCUCCCCUGCUGUCUCUUGGGGCUCUCUCCCCUCCGCCCUCUGCAUUCGGGAACACGCACAUCCGCGUGGGAAGCUUGCAGCAGGGCGUCCGAGCAAUAAGGGCUGGGUUUGUCCCCCACCCUGGGGGGGGCCAGGCUCCAGACAGGGGGCACCUCCCCACACCCCCCAACCGAGGCCUAGGCCCCUGCCACCCCCAAGACUGGGAGGGGACUUUUUCUAAAACCCAAAACUCAGCCCAGCCAGGCCCCCUCCCUGGAGGCCAGCCCCUCCCCGCAGGGGGCCAGGCCAGGGCUCCCAGGGGAGGGGGACUAGGGUCUUCCACGUUCCUGGGGGGCAGGGGCCAGGCCAGGGGGGAGGGGGCUCAGCCCCUCCACCCCUCCCUUCAUCCUGUUAUUUAUUCGGAAGGUUUCAAAUCACGACAGAGUCCAUGUUGGAGGUGAUAAAAAACUGUAAAAAAAAAAAAAAAAAAACACAAAACAAAAGACAAAAAAAAAAAAAAAAACCCAACAAGAACACUUCGCGUUGCGUUUAGACUAUUUAUUACCGGGAUCACAGGCCUGGCCGCGGUAACAGACUUUUACAUGGAAUUGUUUAAUUAUUUGUACUUUUCAUGCCAGAAAAUAAAAGUUCAGAAUCUUAA